GACGUCCUUUUCCCUGUGACUCCAAGUAGCAACGGUACGCUUACAUACAAGUCACCUUGUAGAAUCGGUAUUGACGGACUGCAUUGGUAAAAAUAAGAAGUAACCUACAAGAUGCAGUCCGUUGCUUUUUACCUGGCCGUUCUGAUGCCCGUACUCGGGGGGCUUGUGCUGUUGCGGAUGUACUACGUGUACCGCCGAGAAAAGUCUGCCGCGUUAGCACAGGACGAGCGAAGACCGCCGUUGCGCAUAUUAGGAGGACCGGCGGCCGCCGCGCGUCUUCAGGCCUUCAGUACUAGCAUUUUUACGGCGCCCUUGCGUGCACUGCUGUAUAAGCUAGUGCACAGGAGAGGAUCAAAGCGGGACAGGAGGAAAGCGGGAGAUAAUCAGUCAGCUGAGGAUGUGGAGCAAGGUGCUGGUGAACUAGAAGGUGAGAGAGCAGGGGAGGUUGCUCAGCCAGGUCAUGCAGCGAAAAAGAAUACCAAAAAGAACAGUAACAACAUGAAGAUGAAGGGCGCUAAUCAACAACGGGAUGAAGAAACAGCUACUACUACAAAAACCUCAACAAAACAAGGCCCGGAAGUGAAAAGAACAGUAAGUGAAGUUUACAAAACGAAGAUUGCUGCUGCGCGAGGGACGAGAGUGGAAGAUACUACUAGAGGCAUAGAUGAGAUAGAUGAACGGGAUGCCGAAGAAGCCCUUGCUUUGGAAGAAGAACAUCAUUACGACAAUUACCUUUCUUCUCCCUCGUCGCCGCCUCCUAAGAUAUUACUAUUGAAAUCGCCGUCUGUGAAGAAGAUGGAACAUCAAAACAAGCAGUCAUCAUCUACGGGUAACAUCAAUCUUCGUAGCUUGUCGAGAAGUAAAGAAGAAGAACGUGCCUCUUCGUCUUCAGAUUGUGUGAAGACAACUACGCGUGCUAGUAGUAAGCGACGCGGCAGCAAGCGGCAACAGGAGAUAGAGAAUCAGGUAGUUGCGCUCUCCAAUGUCGACCAGGGUCUAGGUCAGGGUCAACAGGGUGGCACAGGAGUGCAGCAACUACGUGGCAUUAGUGCCAUCAUCAAGGAUUCUGAAGCGGCACUGAAUAUAAUAACUCCAAGGGGUCGAAGACUGCCUCACCAGCAGGGUGGUGCAGCUUCCACGGUCGGCGAGCGGCAACGCGCGAGCGCGAUCAUUCGAGGAGGAGAGGGUGUAGAAAAGCAACGGACGCCAAGGAGGGGGUCGAAAUGAUCCUCCGACAAGUGUCGAAGGGGGUUUGGACCUACAAAUAUAGUCGACUAGAAAUAUCCUGACAUAUCAUCUAUUUCAUAGUAUGAAAAAUCGAUGCAUGUUCAAAAGUGAAACAGAGGUGAACAACUAGAACUAGUAGUUGACACGCAGAAGUUUUUGCAUCAAAUCUUACGGUGUUGCAGAGUAUGCACCAAGUGAAGAACAAAUUGAAGUGAAGUCGGACGAUUCUAUCAUUGAUUCCUUAGCGAAACAAGAGGAACCAUGAUUAGAUAUUAUGGCGGUGAUCCUGUGUUGGAGUGAUGCA